UAAACCCUUCAUAUAUAUAUAUAUAAUAAUUGCUCCAAUAUUUUUUUUAAAAUUCAAAUUCUCACUUUUUUUUUUUAAAAAAAAAAAAAUUUAAAAAUCUAACAUUCGGCAGCUUUAAUGAGUCUUCCCUCCCCAACCCACUACGUUUGAAUAUUUUGGCUUCUCUAUCUCAAUCCCUCUCUCUAGUUGGUUGCAUGGUUGUUCACUACAAACACCCACUCACUUGUAAGAGAUCGACCAAGUACUCGGUCUCUGUCUCCUGUUCCUUUCCUCCUCCUCCUGCUCCUCCUUGCUCUAUCCGCGCGGGCUCAUCUCCGCGCGAGCACACGAAUUAAAAGCAAAGCAGAAUAAAUAAAUAAAUAAAUAAAUAAAGGGGGAAAAAAAAAAAAAGAAAGAAAGGAAGAAAGAAAGAAGGAGAUGAUGGAGAUUAGGAAUGCAGCGGCGGCGAUGAUGGCGGUGGCGAUGGCGGGGCGGCUGCUGAACGACGUGGUGAGCUUCUUCGUGUUCACGGCGCUGGACGUUCUGGACGUGGUGCUGUGCUACGUGUACAAGCUGGCGGACUACACGGUGGAGUGGGAGUGGCGGCCGUGCUACUGCUCGUCGUCGCCCAAGGACAUGAUCACCGGCAGCGGGAAGAUACUCGUUCUGGAGAGCGGCGGCGCCUCCAAGGUCGUCUCCCUCUCGUCCACCAGGCUCCACCUCGAGGACAUCUCCGACACGCUCUACCACCGCCCCUCCCGCCUCGCCGAGCUCUCGCGCUCCACCGUCAACGAGCUCCGCAGGCUCAAGCGCGCCCACGCCGCCGCCGCCGUCGCGCGCCGCGCCGCCUCCGCCUCCGCCGCCGCCACGCUCACCAUCAACGCCACCAUAAUCCAGAUGCUGCAGGGAAAGAUGGGCGCCGCGCGUCACAUGCCCUCCCACACCGCCCCGCGCUGGUCCGACUGCGCCUGCGCAAGCUGCAACCCCUCCGCCUCGCCCACCACGCUCUUCGUUCGCGCCGACGGCCCCAAAGACGGAGGUGCGGCGGAGGACGUGCUGUUCAUCCACGGGUUCAUAUCGUCGUCGGCGUUCUGGACGGAGACGGUGUUUCCGAACUUCAGCGAGGAGGCGAAGGCGCGGUACCGGCUGUUCGCGGUGGACCUGCUGGGGUUCGGCCGCAGCCCCAAGCCGGGGGAUUCGCUCUACACGCUGAGGGAGCACGUCGAGAUGAUCGAGCGAUCGGUGUUGGAGCCGUACAAGGUCCGGUCCUUCCACAUUGUGGCCCACUCCCUCGGAUCCAUCCUCGCCCUCGCCCUCGCCGUCAAGUACCCCGGCGCCGUCAAGUCCCUCACGCUCCUUGCACCGCCGUAUUUUCCGGUGCCGAAGGGGGAGAAGGGGACGCAGUACGUGCUGCGGCGGGUGGCGCCGCGGCGGGUGUGGCCGAUGAUAGCGUUCGGGGCGUCGAUCGGGUGCUGGUACGAGCACCUCGGCCGGACGGUGGCCCUGGUGCUGUGCAAGAAUCACCGGCUGUGGGAGCUCGCAUUCAGACUCCUCACCUUCAACAGAAUUAGAACGUACUUAAUGGACGGGUUCUUCUGCCACACUCACAACGCUUCCUGGCACACGCUGCACAACAUCAUCUGCGGCAGCGCGGGCAAGAUCGACCGGUACCUGGACGUCGUGAGGGAUCAGCUCAGGUGCGACGUCACGGUGUACCACGGGCGGGGCGACAAGCUCCUGCCGAUCCAGUGCAGCUACGCGGUGCGGUCCAAGAUCCCACGCGCCCGCGUCAAGGUCGUCGACGGCACCGACCACCUCACCAUCGUCGUCGGCCGCCAGAAGGCCUUCGCCAGAGAGCUCGAGGAGAUUUGGAAGAGCGCAAGUCGCUGAGACUGCAGUAAAAAGAGUUUGCACUAUAGGAUUGUUAUCAAGAUCAAAAUUGGAUCUAUGAGUUCAAAAAAUUUAAAAGAAAAGAAAAGAACCCAAAAAGAAAAAAGAAAAGAAAAGAAUUGGACAUGGGUGUAAAGUGAAAAAAGAAACAAAAGGACCUGAGAAAAAUGUGAAGGUUGGGCAAUUUUCAUUCAACUUUUUUUUUUCUUUAUUCUUCUUUAUCAUCAAUUUAAUUAUAUAUAAAUUUGAGUUUUUUUUUUU